CUGUAUACCUCAUAUUACCAUUUCUCAGUUCCCCUCUGAAUAUACAUGGACCCAACGUCAUCAGUUAACAUCCGCCCGCCGGCAUCGGCAAAGCGUCGCCGCCAUGUCUCCCUGACCACAAUUGACGCUCUCGGAGCCGACACUCUAUUCAUGAUUUUCACUUUUCUCGACCUCGUCCACCUAAUUCGCUGCUCCGCCGUCUGCCACUCAUGGAGGGCAGUGAUUACUAAACUGAAGCUGCUGCAAUUACAGUAUCACAAGCAACAUCAGGCUGAUUCUGCUAGCGUCUCUGAUUUGUCUAAUUAUUCAGAAAAAUUGAUAAAUAUACAGAUGGAGCAGCUAGCUAUGGAUCAACAAAGAUCGUCUUUACAAGAAGGACGUGUUGGUGUUUUUCAGUGGAAAGCUCACUCGGUAGGGUUUACCAAAUGCAGAAUGAAAAUGGGAUUGAUUCUCACUGGUGUUGGAGAUAAGGUGAUGCGUCUCUGGUCUGCAGAGAGCUGCAAGGGUUUGGAUGAAUACCAGCUUCCGGAUAGGGCACCGUUAAUUGAUUUUGACUUCGAUGAAGGGAAGGUUGUUGGUCUUGUGGGAACACGUAUAUGCAUAUGGAAGCGUAUUGGAACUAGAGAUCUAUUUUCCUCACGCGAAGGCUUGUUUACCAGGGGAUUGUGUAUGCGUUAUGUAGACCCACAGGCAGUGGUUGGCUGUGAGGAUGGGAAAGCGCGUGUCUUUGACAUGUAUAGCAGAAAGAUUUCACAAAUAAUCAAGAUGCAUCCUGGGGCAAUAUCAAGCUUAUGUUUUAGCGAUGAGCAACUGAUUGUCAGUGGUUCUUCUCUUGGUGGUAUCUCAAUAUCAGAUCUUUCAUCAGAUCAGAGGGUGGUUACCUUUGACGCAACUAGUUCUGCAGGCAUAAAGACUAUGUGUUUGAGCCCAAACUCAUAUUCACUAUUUUGUGGAUCAAGUACGGGCUAUGCAUCUUGUUGGGACCUAAGAACAUUGAGAAGAAGAUGGGAAACACGAGUGAGUCCAAAUGUGGUUUACUCUAUGCAACAUCUGAGGAAUGAUGCAUCCACGUUGGUUAUUGGGGGAAUAGAUGGUGUGGUGAGAAUUGUCAACCAGGACAGUGGUGAUGUACUGUCCAGAAUCAUCAUGGAGAAUAGCUCUGAAUCAAGCUGUUCCAUGGACAAGAACAAGUUAAUUCAGAAAAAGAAAGGAAUAAGACUUGUGGAAGAUGAUCGCAUUGAUCUAUUGCUAAAUCGUCCUCCUGUAACAUGCUUGGCUGUUGGAAUGCAGAAAGUUGUUACUGCACAAAGUGAUAAAUGCAUAAGAGUUUGGAAGUUUGGUAAAAAAUGACACUCGUCAGUUAUUAUAUCCCUAAGUAUGUCAAUCUUUCAUGUAUUCUCAUUGUGUAGAGGUUUUUUUUUUUUUCUUUAUGUGUUUCUUAGAUAUUAAUUCUGUUUUUGGUUAGAUCAGUUGGUUUUGGAUUUAGCAUCUUUGUGUCUAUUUGUAGCCUUACUGUUGCAUGGAUCAUGAAUUAAUGUGUAGCAUUACACUCUA